AAGGGAUGGGGUCACUAGUAAUAACAUAUAUAGUAAAUUAAAGUCCAUGUCACUUAAACGUUUGUAAGUUACGAAGUUUGUAAGCAUUCAGAUGAGCGCGAUUUCUUAAAACCGAAAGUACCCUGCGUUUCCACUUACUUAUCUUGGGAGGAAGUAUUCAUAAAAUCUUCCAUUCAUUGUCUGAAAAACAUAAUUACAUCUUGGCUGAGUUUGGCGCUCGAAUGGUUCUACAUCUGGUCCAGCGUAUGACAACGUCUCAAUGACACUCAAACAUGCAUGGGAGAAGAAUUUGAAAGGUAGCCAAGGAGCAAAAGUGAAAGUACAAUCGAUGUGUAUAUAGGUGGUCAUUCCAUAGAAGAUAACGGAUCUGUAUGGCUUGGUCAUAUGUUUCAUGAUAAGUCAAAAUUCCUGUGGGUGCAGGACCCAGCACAAUGGCCACAAUAGAAGGUUUAUUGACAGACAUAGCUUUGGGUGUUGUAGAUAGAAAUUGUGUACUUGUCAUCAAGAAUCUACACUCUUCAGUAAGUGAAGGUACAUUGGUGAACUGGGUUGAGGUGGUGACAGAUGAAGAGGUUAAAGAUGAUGUUUGUCACUAUCACAGACCCUUAACUUCUGUGUCCAUCGCUGUCCUCAGUAGUAGUGUACAAGAUCAAAUUGACCAAAUUCAGCAGAAUGUGUUGACAAAGAAACUCAGCAAAAGAGUGUUAGAUGUUUCCCCUAUAGGACUACCAUCAGGUCUACUUAUACUGAAUAACCAGGGCCAUGCACACUCUGAAGAUUCUUUGGAACUCUUCUUUGAGAGUACCAGGAAUGGCGGAGAAGAAGACUGUGUCCAGUCAGUAAUGCACAAGGAAUCCGGGAUUACAGUGAUACCAUUCUUCUCCAGUUCAUUGCCAACAGCUGUAGAAAAUAUCCUCAAGAAAGGUCUUCAGUCUGGACAUGUCCUGAACAAGAAACCACUCACUGUUGUACCAUACUAUCCUGUUUUCCAUGACUAUGUGUUGGACCAGCUGGGCAAUACAGAGACAAGAAAACCGAAGAACACACUUUUCCAAAAUGCAAAAAAAUGUGAUGAACUGGAUGGACAUGAUUCCGACCAUCAUGAUAACAUCCAAGAUGAUCCUGCUUUGAUAUCUUUCUCUUCUGAAGAGGAAAAUGAAAAAACAAACUUAAUGAUUGAUGGUGGUGGUGAUAUUGAUUUACCCAGAGGUGAAAGGAGUCAAGUUGAUUUACCCAGAAGUGAAAGGAGUCAAGGUCAAACAUUUCAAAGUGAAAAAGGUCAAGCUCGAGCAUUUCAAAGUGAAAAAGGUCAAGCUCAAGCAUUUCAAAGUGAACAGAGUCAAAGGUUUCAAAGUGAAAGAGGUCAAGGUCAAGUAAUUCAAAGUGGUAGAGAUCAAGGUCAAAUAUUUUCAUGGGAAGAUGACAGUAACUUAUUUACACAAAGUCCUACAAGCAGUGAGAAUGUUCAAGGUUGUUUAUUUCCAUCAGAUGAAUAUGGUGGACCAGGGAAGGUGAAAAGUGAAGACAGUCAAAACACUGAUGAGCAAGCUGGAAACUUGAUAUUUAUUGGUAGUGAUUUGCCUGCUAUCGAUAAAAAAAUGAAGCAGCCAGAAUUUGGUCGACCUUUGAAAAUUCAAACUGCUGAUGAGCAAGACCGACAUUUAACUAAAGCACCAAUGGAGACAAAGAUAAUAAAAUUGCCUAAACACAAGAUAAUUUUAUUGAGAAUCUCAAGUUUUGGACGAAAACAAAAGAAUGUUGAGAUUGACCUUAAUUCAGAAAAAGACUUCAUUAGAUUAAGAGGAACGAGAGAAGAUAUUAGCACUGUUACGGAGGAAAUGCUGAAAAAGUUGGAAGAAUUACAGCAACACGACCGCAAAGUUUCUAACGAGGUUGCUGCCAUACUGGAAUACAAAAUGCGAACCCCUGAUUUCACCAAACAGACGUUGAUGGGAGAUAAGAUCUAUGCUCAUGUGAUGUGUUUAGCAAAGGAGAACAUUGUGAGAGCUUAUGCAUUCAAAAGGGAGCAGGCCAAGAGGGCGGUGGACAAAAUGCUGUCUCUGGUGGAUAGUGAGGAUAUCACUUAUACCGAGUGCCACUUCAAGUACCUAGCUAGUUCUGCCUGGCAGAAUCUUGUCCAGAAAUGGGAAAAUCUAGGACUUGUCAAGAUUAGAGUCAUGAAACCUGAGAAAAACAUCAGAAUAACUUCAGUGACAUCCUUGUCUGAUGUCAUCCAAGACAUCAAAGGAGAACUUGGAAAGUUCAGUGACGUCACAGGGAAACCUAUCUCUGUUGAUGGAGGCAGGGCCAUGAUGCUUCACUAUUGUCUCCAGGAUAAGAUGAGGCAGAUGGAAAGUGAUGUCAGACAUGCUGGCGGUCAGAUGGAUCACAGAUACAAGGCUGGUACAUAUCUAGUCACCGUUCAGGGUAGUCCAAGUGUUGUAAAGAAAACCGAGAGUCAGCUACACAGUCUCACAAAUAGCAUCUGGGAGGGCAGUGUUAACCUCAGCAGACUGGAGGGAAAAUUAAGACCACUCACAGAGGAAGAAAAAGCUGUUAUUAUUGAAGGCAUUUCAUCAAAGAAGGGAAAAGACUUCCUGAAACGGUUCAGCAUUGAACAUUCAUGUAUUGUUCUUUUUACACCUAAAUCAGGAGCCAGGCCAGACUCCAGGUACGAAGAACCUAAGGGUAUGAUACGAUCACAUUCUAUGCCUGUCCUGGAGCCAGCCACUGGUCGCAUGCACAACAGAUAUUCCAAAACUGGGCAGACAGAACCUUCACAGGUAACCCACGUAUGGCAACCCAUACCAAGCUAGGCGUCGCUCUAGAGAGACCCUAGGUCGCGGAGUGGGACAUUCACAUAGGGAUUCUGAGGACUCUUUAACAUAUAGAAGACCUGAGAGAUAUCCCAGACCUACGAAAUCUAUAAAA